GAAUAUCCAUACCGCAAUCAUGCCUGAAAUAAACACAGAGGAUCUGGAUGAGCAGCAAGUGCAGUUGCUGGCAGAAAUGUGUAUCCUUAUUGAUGAAAAUGACAACAGAAUUGGCUCAGAUACAAAGAAAAACUGCCAUCUGAAUCAAAAUAUUGACAAAGGAUUGCUACAUCGUGCAUUCAGUGUAUUCCUGUUCAAUACGGAGAACAAACUCCUUUUGCAGCAGAGGUCAGAUGCCAAGAUCACCUUCCCAGAUUGCUUUACCAACACUUGUUGCAGUCAUCCCCUAAGCAACCCACUAGAACUGGAAGAAAACAAUGCAAUUGGCAUUCGAAGAGCAGCACAGAGGCGACUGAAAGCAGAAUUAGGAAUUCCAUUGGAACAGGUGACACCAGAAGAACUUCUCUACAUAACUCGAAUUCACUACAAAGCCCGCUCUAAUGGGAUCUGGGGAGAACACGAAAUAGAUUACAUUCUGUUUGUGCAGAAGAAUGUGACACUGAAUCCAGAUCCCAAUGAAAUUAAAAGCUACUGCUAUGUUACACAAGAGGAACUGAGAGAACUACUGGAAAAGGCUUCCAGAAAUGAAAUUAAGAUUACUCCAUGGUUCAAGCUAAUUGCAGAAACUUUUCUAUUUAAGUGGUGGGAUAACUUGAAUAAUUUGAAGAGAUUUAUUGAACAUGAUAAGAUACAUCGAAUGUAAUGGACCAUGGAAUGUACAAAUCUAAAGUGAGACAUUACCUUCAAAUAUGUCAUGGAUUAUUAAACUGGGAUGUUAUUUGUAAAGAUGAUUGCAACAUAGUUGUUGAAGUAAGUAGUAGUCCCUUCAGGACUAAGGAGAUUUGUUUUUAUAUACGGCAUGAUCUGGAUGGCUUGGGUGAAGGCUCAAAUCUGCCUUUCAUUUCAUUAGCUUGUGAGUUGGAUUACUAACAAGCCGGCAUUAUCUUGUUUGCAUUUCUUUGCAUAACUAUUAGAGGCUGAAUAUUUGCUAUGUUAUCAAUUGGGAUGAAAAAGUGCAUUGUUCUCAGAUUCUCUCUUUUCUCUGUGUGGGAUGGUGGGUUGUUUGUAAUCAGCUGUUCAGUUAGAUUGGGUACACAGUGCAGGACAAUGACUGGAAUGGUUAAAUUAACAAGAGUCUACAAUACUUUUUCAUAUUUAAGUUUCUAGUACUCUGGAUAGUUGAUGAUACAAGAUAAAAGGUAAUUUGUGGAUGUGGUAUUAAUUGCUCUAAUAGUUGCUCUGGCUGUAUCUGUUUGCACAUUAAGUAUGAUGAAAAAUAAGUUUUGUUAUUAUAAAAAUAGUAUUUCAAAAUUAGAAAUGUACAGAUAGGAUAUGUGCACCAACAGAUUACAAAUGUGCCUGCCUUCUAUGAAUUAACUUCCUCUAAAAAGGAAAGAAACUGAUUCUGACAAACUGUCAAAAAUGAACCUUCUUAGCACCUUGAAAACAACUGAACCUGUUUGGUUUUAACUAUAACUAAAGAAGGAAAAUUGUACAUUACCAGACAAACUGUUGAUAUAGAAAAAGCCAUUGGUGUAUUUUAAUAAUUAAAACAUCUAGACGUUUUAAAAUGCUGUGGAUCAAUUUGUACACUGUAAGAACAUGACAAUAACCAC